UGUCAAACUCUAUAUAAAUGUUUGUUCACAGUGCAUUUAUUACAUUUGAUGACCACGGCUCAAGAAUAGAGUCUUACUGUCAAUGUGUGCACAAUGGCCAGUCAGAAUGCCAGUGGUGAUGAGCAGAUGCAACUGAUCCAAGUCGACCCCGUCCGGAGGAACAUUUCACUGGCGCUGACCCAGAUCUUUGUGUGGCCCUUCAUCUACCUCAUCUUCCUCAUGCUCUUAAUAUUCUCCAAGAAAGAGACUUUCAGAACAGAGACACGCUAUAUAUUGUUUGGUCACUCUCUCUUGGUAGACCUUAUAUUUCUUUGUCUGACAGAUUUUGUGGUGCUCUUAUCAUACAACUUUGUUUUAUUACCUCUGCAUUUCUGUAUCCCCAUAUGCAUGUUGAUGGAAGCUAUCACAGCAUGUGCACCACUGACUAUUAUAGCCAUGUGCGUGGAGCGCUAUGUGGCCAUUUGCAUGCCUCUCCGACAUCAUGCGAUCUCCACCUCUAGAAGAGCUAUGAUGGUGAUUUUAAUGAUUUGGAUCCUGAGCUCCAUAAACCCCUUCGUUGACAUGUUCAUUCUCAUCAGCACUGCCUCUCGUGAAUACAUGUCUCAGCUCACACACUGCCACUAUGAGAUUAUGAUUCCGGAUAAGAUUCGUCAUUUUGCUAGGGGUCUGUUGUAUAUUGUGGGGCUUGUGGCUAUUUUGAUCAUUGAAGUCUUUUGUUAUGUAAUGAUAUACCUUGCUGCACGCGCAGCAUCUGGUGACAAUAAGAAGUCAGCAUCAAAAGGGCAGCGCACCAUUUCCCUCCACAUCCUUCAGCUGUUUUUAUGUACUGCCGAGGUGAUGUGCCCUUACAUUGAGAAUGUAGUUAUGGAGUAUGAUAUUCAAUCAUAUCUGACUGUCCGAUUUAUAAAUUUCCUGGCAUUUAGUAUCACUUCUAGAGCAAUAAGUCCUCUCGUCUAUGGGUUCAGAGAUGAGAAAUUCUUUGCAGCUAUGGCUUACUAUAUCAGAUGCAAAAACAACACCAUCUCAUCUGACACAACUAAACAAUCAUGAUUAUCUUUUAGUAAAGUCUUACUACAUGUUU